CAGCAAAGUGAGAGCGGUCAAAGAAUUGGAAACUCUCACAGCGGCCUCUUAUACUUACUCUCUGUCCUUUCUCACCUCGUUGCACAUGUAGUUGCACUGUAUACAGUGUUUAUACAGGCUGCGUGAAGCUCUGCAGGGGCAACACGUCAAGGAGGGGGGAACCCGAAGGAACAUCCAAAGUCUGGACAGACAAAGAAAACUCAGCUGUCCCCACUGAUCGGCUCAUAAUGAAGCCGGUGUUUGUCCUCCUUGUUUCCACUGCCUGGACUUUGACUGGAGCCCAGUAUUACUACCAGGGGCUGAUGGAUUAUCUGGAGAACAGGUUGUUGGCUAUUGAGGACCGCAUGCAGUUGUGGCAUGAACAAUCCCAUCGCUACCACACAGAGAUGCUGGAUUUCAAAAAGCUAACUGCUGAGGCCAUGGAUGGGCUGAAGAAUGAGCACAGCAUGAUGUUCAAAGACCUGGAGGGAGCUGCGGCCCGAGUGGACCGGGUGGAGCGAGAGAUGGACUACGUUGAGACCCAGACUUCCCCUCGGGCCUGCGUGAAUAAAGCAGACAAGGUUGUGGAGCAGGGAGCCUGGGGGUUGCAGGAGAGCAGAGGAGGGGAAGAGGAGGAAGAGGAUUGGGAGGAGCUGCGCUCCAGAGUCUCUGACUGUGUUGAAAUCAUCUCUGGCAUCAGGUCAGUGAAGAUCCUGAAGAGAGUCGGCAGUCCCAAAGGCAUGUGGACCAGAGACCCAAGGUCGUCCAAAGUUUACGUCUUCAAUGGGACAUCAGGAGACAGCAUCUACCAGUUCAACUCUGUACGAGACUUUUCCAGCUCUCCUGGCGUCACCAGCAGCCGACACAUCAGACCUCCCUCUGAGUGGAGCGGUCCAGGCAGCGCUGUCUAUAACGGCUAUUUGUACUACAUACAGCAGGAGGCUGAUACAGACGUGCAGGUGGUCAAAUAUGACCUGCUGAGUGGCUUGCCACGCUGCGUGACAGACGUCGCCAUGUUCCCCAUGGAGAGCCACGCUGCGGUUUACAGCCUCAACCCAGAAACUGUUGCGGACCUCGCAGCAGACGACGAAGGCCUCUGGCUCCUGUACGCCUCCAGCGACAGUGAACCAAACAUCAACCUGGCAAAAAUGGACCCUGACACGCUCGAUAUAGAACAAAUCUGGGACACCCGGUGCCCACGGGAGAACGCAGAGGCCGCUUUUGUGGUGUGUGGGACCGUCUAUGUCGUUUACAACACCCGCAUGCCCAGCAGGUCCCGAAUCCAAUGCCUGUUUGAUGUCAAUGACAUGGUGAUCAGCGAGGAGGCUCCCCUGAUAUACUUUCCCAGGAGGUACGGAGCCCACGCCAGCCUGAAAUACAACCCCGAGGAGAGACAGCUCUACGGCUGGGACGAUGGCUACCAAAUCAUUUACAGACUGAGCAUGAAGAAGAAGCUCCUGGUGUGACAGCAGGGAGGUGGUGUCAGGUUUCCAAAGGCAAUAAUACAGCAAAGGAGCGGUAAAUUUACACACGCUAUGCCGAAAAGUAUUUCAGUAGCCUGAAGACUCUUCAUUCAUGGUAGAUUUAAAGGUUCAGUGUGUAAAAUUUAGGGGGAUUUAGUGGCAUCUAGUGGUGAGGAUUGCAUAUUGCAACCAGUUAAAACUUCUCCUGGUUAGAAUUCCCUCAGUGUUCAUUGUUAAGGAGGUUUUUACCAGGAGCUGAAUUAUCCGCAGAGGUCUCUUCCUCUCCAAGACAAACAGACCAGGUGAUUUUAACAAGUAAAAAGCGAAUAGAGGGGUUUCAUGUUGAAAUUAGUGUUUCUCCUAUGCUGUUUUGGAUGUCGCUGACGUUUUCUUGACUUAUGACCCAGAUGUUCAGGAGGUUUUUACUUGGAGCUGACUUAUCCGAGGAAGUGUUCUCCUCUCCAAAACAAAUGCACCCGGUGAUUAAAACCGAUUAAACUCUGAAUAAAGCAGUUUCACGUUACAAAUCAGUGUUUCUCUUUCGCUGUUUGGAACGUGACAAAGGGCUACUAGCCGAGUAACCCUUUGUCACGUCUGAUUUAGACUUUCAGGAGGUUUUUACCAGGAGCCGAAUGAUCCGCAGAGGUCUCCUCCUCUCCCAAACAAAGGCACCCCUUCAUUAAAACUGGCUAAACAAUGAGUAAAGCAGUUUAACAUUAAAAAUCAGUGUUUUUCUGAUGCUGUUCAGCUCGUCAGAGACAGACAGCUAGCUCAGCACCUGCUUAUAUGUGCUCACCUUUUUACUGAUUAUUUAAAUCCAGAUGCUCAGGAGGAUUUUACUGGGA